AUGGGUCGUGUUGCGAUGAUAGGGUUCUUCAUGGCUUACUUUGUGGAUAGCCUUACCGGACCAAAUGGGAAACUUCUUCUGCAAAACGCUCUUGUUUGUGGCUGUACUCGGAGUUCUUUUCAUCCGCAAGAACGAAGAUUUAGACAAAGUCAAGGGUCUGUUCGACGUUAUAUGACAAGCAAUGGCAAGCAGCAUGGAAAAAGCCAGAUUCAGACA